AUGUCCCUUUUCCAUUCCGUGAAAAGUCAAUCCGAAGCAGCCGCAAGAGCGGACCACAGUCAUGCUAGCCCAAAUACCAGAUCCCGGGUAGCUUUCAAUGCGAGACAAAGGGCGUUCAGGUGUCCCCGCUACUGGACUCGACUAACACUGUCGGCAAAUUUGGCCCAAGUCCCGCCUCUUGGGACAAUCCACUUCGAGGUACCGGACGGCGAAGCACUCCAGCUUCGAGCCGAUCGCUGGCCAGAGAUUAUGCGCCUUCGGUCAGAUCCGGAUAAACCUCCCCAGAGCAAAGAGUGUGUCGUAGAUCAUGAUGCGAACUAUCCCCUGUGGUACCUCGAUUGA